GCACAACUCAACGCACUUCCUGGUAGCCUACACAGGCAUACAUGCAAAGAUAGUGUGCUGAACACAUUUACGAGGGGUAUCCAACAUGGGAUGGUUCUGGAUGGGACUUCUUGUGGUCUGUGUCACUGUGACUCACAUUGAUGCAGAAUGUCACUGUAGUACCACAGAACUCUGUAACUCGUUUCCCUCAACUCCCUGUAGUCAGAUGGAUGGUCAGGACAUGUGUCAUGAGGGAUGGUUUGGUCCGUACUGUCAGACACGAAAUAUUGCGCUAAUGAGAUCGUGUAGCCAGAGUAGUACAUUGGACGGAAAUGCUACAAAUUAUGGAGCAGGACUCGGUGUAGACGGCAGAGCCACCACAAAUGCCCUAAGCUUGCCACGGACAUGUGCUCAUACAAAGAAUGAGUCAAAUCCCACCUGGACUGUGAACCUGAACACUCCAGUUCCAGAGAAGAUACAACACAUCAGGCUCUAUCUGCGGGACAGGCUUCAGGAGAGAAGCAACGGCAUGGAGAUACUUGUGGGCAGCCAGAUGUGCUACAACUGGUCAUCAACUGAACAUCCUCCUCCUUUAGCUAACGUCACCUGCCGCCAGCCACUGACAGGAACCACGGUCACUAUACGGAUACCUGGUCCACUGAAAUUCCUUACUUUGUGUGAAGUGCAGAUAUUUGUUUGCAGUAACGGGUGGUUUUCUGAAGAUUGUGACAAACAGUGCCGGUGCCUUAACAGUACUGAUGUAUGUGACAAGAUCACUGGUCACUGUUCUAGUGGAUGUCUCCCAGGAUAUUAUGGAACAGACUGCCAAACAGCAUGUCCAGAUGGUUACUAUGGUCUAGCCUGUGGCUUCCAGUGUGGCAACUGUGUGGAUGGUGAUGUUUGCAUCAAGACAAAUGGAACAUGUCCUGGAGGAUGUGCAGCAAGGUGGUUCAGUGACAGGUGUGACCAGCCAUGUCCAGACGGACGUUAUGGUGCCAAUUGUGCAUCUCCGUGUGGUCACUGCCUGGAUACUGACGUCUGUGACAAGGUGACCGGGAAAUGUCCUGGAGGAUGCCAACCUGGAUGGUGGCCAGAUUACUGUUCACAGGUAUGUUUGUUGGUGGUUUUUGAUAUAUUUACAGCUUGCAGUGACGGUCGUCAUGGACACCAUUGUCAGACUGAGUGUGGCCAAUGUAAAGGAAACCUACCAUGUAACAAGAUCAAUGGAACAUGUGAUCAAGGUUGUCAGACAGAGUUUCAAGAACCAUUUUGUAAAGACUGUGUUGAUGGUAUGUACGGGGAUGACUGCACGUCACGAUGUGGUCAGUGUAAAGACGGCCUAAACUGUGAUAAGUCCAGUGGAGAAUGUCCCGAAGGAUGUCAGGGUAACUUCAUCAAGCCCCUGUGUCAAGGUUGUCCGGCAACAUCAGGAUACUCAAACCAGGUAGUGCCAGUUGCAGCAACACUUGGUACACUUCUCGUCUUGUCGCUCAUCGCUCUGCUGACAUCCAUCGUUUAUAACAGAAGACUGAAGAUUCAACUGGAUGCCUCACAAAAGAAACCCGGAGAUAACUACUUAUCUUUAGACGAGAAUACCAAGGAUCCAGUUGUUGAGAGCACAUAUGAACAGAUUGACAAUACCAUUCCAUAUAUCAAUGCAGUGGAAGUGAAUUUGAACUGAAUAGUUGCAUAAAGCGUCACGUCUUGGUGUAUAUUGAUGUAGUGUAGUCUUUUGUAACGUAAAUUGUUCUGAGUGUGGAAAAACGUAGUUUCUCACUGUAGGUCACUUAUAAUUAUAUUCGAGAAAGUCGUGUUCUGGCGUAAAAUAUCAACAAUGUCACGAUUGUGAAAAUGGUUAAUCAGCUAUUAUUCAUCAACUGCAAUGAUCUGAGUCCUCCUUUAAACAGUUAUUUCACCCCUGAUCAUGAAAGAUAUCAAGAACACUUGGCCUGGCGUAUUCAUUACCUCAACAACGAUGUUAACACGUCUUGCUAUCGGUCUGGUGAAGGAAACAUGACUUUUCAGUUAAUCGGAUCCACUGUCUUACUAUCCACCGCGAGUGUAGCCCGCAACACUGAAUGACUUCGUUGUUGAAGUUGUGCCGAUCUGGUUACGAGCUUUUAAUGAGACGUAGACAUUGUCGGACUAUCUUCGCAGGGAUAGUACGAACUAUCGGAGGUGCUGAAACGAUGUCUUGUCAAGCUGUUUUCACUAGUGAGCAGCGGUUGUCACGACUGAGCAGCAUAUAUAGGACCCGUUUCCGAUGCAGGUUGUCAGCUGACAUCAACCCAACAAGUGCAACAAUGUGACUUUGACACAUCUGACGCUGCAAAUAUUCAAAUAUUUCGCCAUCAUUUUCAAUUAGGUGUGACAUAGUAAAGCUUAACCAAAAACAUAAAAACAUUGUUCAUUGAACUCAGCGCUGUCGAAUAUAGCUCAUAUUAUGAUACAGUGUAUGACCUUUUGUAAUUAUUAUUUGGAAUAUUUCUCCCUGAUUAACUGUUUGUGGUUGAAACGUUUGCUUGUCGCCCCGAAUAUGUAAGUUUGAUUCACAACGUUAAUGUGUACAUUAUGUGACGACAAGUUCUCGAUAAUACACGUGGUUUGAAAGUUGCUAAUCGUUUUGUUACUUUAACCAUGUUGCUGCAUUGAAAUACAUAUUUACUCAGCAUAGUAUUUAGACUGUUUGAAACAUUUCAAAUAUUUAAACGCAGCUGAAGCGUUUGCUUAUUACCCCGAAGAUGUAAUUUUGAUUCACAGCAUGGAUGAAGUUACUAGUUGCUAGUGUUCCUUGUCGUGUCAUAAGGUUUGUAAAUUGCACAAAGCUGUGUUACUUUAAAAAUAUUCCUGCACUUAAGUGCAUCACCUCAAAAUUAUAUAUACCAGGAAAAAUAUUAAUAUCGUUUCAUAUAUAUCGAACGUAUAUAUAUGCUUGUAUGUACAUAUUUCGCGGACACCUUUUUUUGAUGAAUGUAAAAUAUAUCAUCAAUAAUAAGCCUCAUGCACCUAUAGUUUCAUACAAGUCGAACGUUCAGACAUGCCCGAAAGUGCAUACGUCAUUUUAUUAAUGUCAAAGGUGCCACUGAUGGCUGUUCUGUUAGUGCCAAACCAUGGUAUGUUUCUUUGGAAGGUGCACGGCGUCAUAUUGUCGUACAAUAUGAGACAAAAUAUAUAUGCUGUUAUCUCAUGUUUUAUUAUUGAUAUAUAACAUAAAUGUAUCCAUAUGAACAACACGCUGUCUAUCCAUAAUAUUUACGUCGUUCAAUAACGCCUAUUUGUAUUGUAUUUUGUUAUGUUUUAACCUGCGGCCAGUGAGCAUGGAUAUGUUAUUUAACCCUGACGUUUUCGAACAGCAGGCACGACAUCACUCUAAGCGGAUUGGGAGUGCAAUUCUUUAUUCUUGUGUCAACUAUUUUAAGUUGGUGUGUCUGACUCUGAUUUCGUUUAUGAGAUCAGUGCAUUAAGCUCAUCAGUAAUUUAAGAAGUUAUGGAUCAUUGCUAUUUUCUAUGAAUUGUGUUCGCCUACUUCAUUUUCCUCCUUCGUUAUUAGUAUUUUUGUACAGUACCCAUAGUAAGUAUUUGGAAGAUUUGUUUCAUUUUGUGGUAGGUUUAAAACAGUUCACCAGUUUGGGGCGUUUACAAGAUCAGGACGCGGGUUCCAGGUUUAAAAUGAAGCCCUGGAACAUUUGCUUGUCGUUAAGAAGAACUUUAAAAGUAGCCGAACUAAAUUAGCACCAAACUGUGACAAAUAGUGGUGUAGCUUUCAUGAUCGUAAUAAUAAGGUUGUUCGUAACAUAAAAAUGUCAUAGAAAUAAUACUUUGCAAUUUUUCAGCUGGCAUUGGUGUCGGUUAAUGACUGGCUUCAUUUUUGUAUUACAAUAGCUGUGUGCAGUUACCUUUUAGUUUAAACAGAUAUUGAUGUUGGUGUUUGGCUUUUUACCAGGAGUUAGUUUUGUUUACUAAACCAACCUGUCCUUUGUCGACAGCUAUUAAAAUUGAUUACCUUGUUUUCAUCGCGAUAUGUCUGUAAUAUUGCCGAUGCGAUGUAAAAGUUUAACCCACUUACUCACUACUAAACCAACCUUGUGUAAACAUUUCAGCUUACAGAUACAUAUAAAUGAUCCAUAUUUGAUGAAGGGCCAUUGUGAUGUCGGUGCAAAGAAUAAAAUGUUCUUAUCCA